UCCGAUAGUUUGUGUAGUUGUCUUGGUGAGUCAGUGUCAGAUAGAACUGAUUUUUGUGGCAACAGAAUUCAUAAUUUUACCGCCAUGCGUCUAAAUUUAUUUUUAACAAAAAUUUGAGUUUAAUUUAUGCGUGAAUUAUCGAGAAAAUACGUGGAAAUCAAAAUGCACGUCGGCGAGAUGAGAGAGAGGAGCAGAAAUGCGGCAAGGACACGUAGGGAGAACGAGAAUGCCGAAUUCCUAGAAUUGGCCAAACUCUUGCCAUUACCAGCGGCCAUUACUAGCCAAUUAGAUAAAGCUUCAGUCAUCCGGUUGACCACUAGCUACUUAAAAAUGAGACACGUCUUCCCUAACGGAUUAGGCGACGCUUGGGGUGCAGCGACCCCAACAAACCAUGCGAAAGAAGCUUGUAUUAAAGAACUUGGUUCAUAUCUACUACAGAGUCUCGAUGGUUUUAUAUUCGUAGUAGGCGGUGAUGGAAAGAUCAUGUAUAUAUCUGAAACAGCAUCUGUUCAUUUGGGGUUGUCACAGGUGGAAUUGACUGGUAAUAGUAUAUUUGAAUAUAUCCAUCAAGCUGAUCACGAUGAAAUGAUAUCAGUGCUUAGUCCACCUCUUCCUCAAAAUCUUCCAGCGGAGAACAUGAUGAUGAAUUCGACCGUAUUUGAACUUCAACGUGUAUUUUUUUUACGAAUGAAAUGUGUAUUGGCAAAACGGAACGCAGGGCUCACAACAGGAGGAUACAAGGUUAUACACUGUUCUGGUUACUUAAAAGUGAGACAAUACCCAGCCGGAAUGCCCGGAGUAGAAACUGUUGGCCUAGUAGCAGUUGGUCAUUCGUUACCUCCACAUGCCAUCACAGAGAUUAAAUUGCAUUCGAAUAUGUUUAUGUUCCGUGCGAGUUUGGACUUGAAGCUCAUAUUUCUAGAUGCCAGAGUAUCUCAGCUGACAGGAUACGAGCCUCAGGAUUUAAUUGAAAAGACACUCUACCAUUAUAUACAUGGCAAUGAUAUUCAUAACAUGAAACUCUCGCAUCACACACUGUUAUUGAAAGGCCAAGUCACCACGAAAUACUACAGGCUGUUGGCCAAAGACGGUGGUUGGGUGUGGGUUCAAAGUUAUGCCACUAUAGUCCAUAAUAGUAGAUCCUCGAGGCCCCAUUGCAUAGUUAGCGUAAAUUACGUACUGAGUGAGUCCGAAAUGAAAGAUGUCUGCCUGUCCGUGUGCAACAACGGUUGCGCGACAUCACAGAACGGCAAUGAAGACGCGGCAAUUCAAAACAAGUCCAGCAAAGCGCAACAAAACCAAAGACAAUCGAACCAAAAUCACAGGUAUCACAGGCCACCGGUGGUCACCGACGAAGAGUACAGUGAUUCUAGUGGGGGAAUUUACAAUGACUACGUGAGCAGUAACAGCGAACCGCAAUCGCUGGUCAACGGCCCCGUCGGCGUCGGUGACGGCACAGGCCACCAUCACCCACCUCACCUAGGCAUGAUACCGGCGAACACCACGUACACYACGCCCGAGGAUUUCAACUAUCCAGAACUUUUCUACCAUUACGACCAGACGUGCGCGCGGCCGUACAGCUCUGCCUCCAGCUCCUCCAGUUCGAACGAGAGCGACCGGAUGCAGCUGGCGCAUCAAGCAGGCGGCGGCGGAUAUACGCCGCCCGCGGCCAUGCUCAUGAGCGCCACUGGCCACCACGACGACCAUCAUGCCGUGGCCGCGUACCACGCGUUAACACCUAUCGGCGCGUCCGUGCCCGUGACCGUCGUCGGCCACCACCAUGGUGUCAUCGUCGAUAGCCAACACUACACCACCGUCAACGAAUACGUCCACUGAUCGCCCGCCGCCACCGGACGUGCCUACAUAACACGUCAUGACUACACGGAUCAGGUUAGCAGCAGUUUUUUCGCGUCGAUUCGAACGCGGAAGGAUCGCGAUUAAACACUGCAGGAUAUUUAUACGACUUUAUAUUAUGUACAUAUAUAUAUAUAUAUAUAUAUAUAAUAUGUAUGCUUAAACAAGUGUACGAUUAUAUAAUUUAGCGUAGGUAAUAUAAAUUAGUAAUAAUAUUAUGAUGUACAAAUAUUAUUAUACGAGUAGAGCGAUGGCGUAUAAAAUAUCGCUAUCGGACGUCCUUGAACCAUAUACCUAAAUAAAUGUCAUGAUGCUGAUGUGUUGUACGAGGGAUUGCUCCGUGAUCGGACGUUCCGACCAGUUGUCAUUCGUGUGUUGAAGGCGAAUGACCUUCGAUAAGGGACCUGAGAUCGAACGUGUUCACCGCAUAUUAUGAAAUAUUUUUGUGUUCGCGGCUGAAUAUUAUGUUUGAGAUAUAUAUAUAUAUUAUUUAUGGUCAUAUCUAUAUGGGGUACACGGUACACGAUAAUACGACGGCCGAGCUGCAAAAAUAUUGAACUACGCUGCACUAGAUACAAUUAAAAUGUACAAAAAUAACAACCCGGGGAACAUAUUUUUGUGUAUAAAUUAUUUUCGUGGGUAGUACAUUAUAUAAAUAUAUCAUUCCACCACUUGGCCAAAUUGCGYUUGCGGGUUUUCGUCGAUUGUAUAAAAUCAUGCAUUAUACUGUAUAAUUUACCUGAAAUCAGGUUUAAGCUAAUGAUAUAUGCAUACCCGAUUAGCCACAUAGGGCCUACCUAUAUAAUAUGUUUUGUACCUCAAAACAACUUAAACUUUUUCUUUACUUACCAAACAUACAUUGGAAUAUGUUUCAAAACACUCAAAACGCGCUUGCUGAUGUAAUAUUAAUUUGAUUUAUUGUAAAUUUUAACUUAACAUAACCUUUGCAAUGACAAUUUUAUGUCAUGAUAAUAAUAAUAUUUACGUAUCGUAUUAUACAUAAGUAGAUUUAUACUUAUUAUUCCUGUUAAAGUGUUAACUCUGUAGAAUAUUUAUUUAUUAUU